CGUGUGUUAUGACACAGUUUGAGGACAUGUCGAGAGCAAGCUCGACCAUUUCGUGUUUAGAUUUCACCCUCUUCUCCCAAAGAAAUACAAGCUAUUGGGCUAUCACUGGUCUCACCGAAAGUGUCGCUUGAGUAGGAGAUACUUACUUUGAAAGUACAGCCAUGGCGGGUAGAGGAAGAGGGGACUUUGGUGUGCGGUACACCAGUGUUCCAAGCCAGCCGGAUGACUCCAACAUGGAUAGGGAGCAACCAUUCGCACCUCCAGGUAUGCACAGCGGCUUGUCAUACGAGGAACUGAGCAAUCGAGUUGCGAAUGGUGUGACACAAAUCGGCAGUAAUGUUGCUUCAGUACAGCGUCUAGCAAAGCAGGCAAGUAACAGAGGCGGUACAACAAGUGCAAGACAACGAGAACAACUUGCUUCCAUACAGAAAACAACUGCGGAGCUGAUACGCACUACGAAUGAGAAUAUGCAUCGUUUGGAGAGUGUAUCCAUGAAAGAAAUGUCAGCACCGCAACAGAAACGGCAUAUGCUUCAUCUUGAGCGAUUACGCAGCUCAUUCAAAGAGACGUUAAGUAAAUAUAACACAGUUACCAAGGAGAUUGUUGAUCGAGAGAAGAAGUCUGUGGAGGAAGCUCGUCGCAAUGUCUCAUUAACACAUGGGGGUUUGAAUGAGGAUGAGCAUUGGGAAGACGUGGAUGAUGACGAGUUCCUCAGAGCCAGCAAAUCGGGGGAGGAGAGGCAGCGUCGCCAACAACAGCAAGAGCAAGAUGAAUCAGACUUACAGGCCGUCAGAGAUCGUGAGCAGGCAUUACGUGCUCUAGAGAGCGAUAUCCUGGAUGUGAAUGAUAUCUUCCGUGACCUGAGCCAAAUGGUUCAUGAGCAAGGCGAGCUAGUUGAUCAUAUCGAGAGUAACAUUGACACAGCAGCAGUGGAUGUGGAGGCAGCAGGAGAUGAGAUUAUCAUUGCAUCACGCUAUCAGAAGAAAGUCCGGUCAAAACGAUGCGUUCUUGUCGGAGUACUGGUGGCUGUUGUUGGUGUUGUUGCCCUCAUCAUUGUCUUGACCAACGUUCACUCAAACUAGCUAUGUUCACGUCAUGCUGACCACGGCUGGUUCAUUGUAUUUAUUGUUUCUGCUGAGGGUGUCUCUCUGUGUCACUGAAUUGAUAUGCCAUACUGAAGUAUGAUCGUAAUCAUAAAUGUCACCAAAAUUCCAAAAGUUUAUUGCAGGUUUUUAUCAUUGCGGUAUAGUGUAUCUAGAUCCCUUUCUGUCAUUAUCGGAGAAGUUUUUUUCUCACACACCUUUGGCUGGUCCUAAGGAUAGGCACAAUAUCACACUUGAGAGUGAAAUAGUUCAAUACGACAAUAGUACUGAUCUACAGUGGAGACCGGCAGCAGAAUUGGGCAUGUGUGAUCUGGUCGUAUUUUCUCUUGUCCCACUAUUAUCAUGGCACUGAUAUAGAUGCAGUAGACUUCCACACUCGUUCCUAUCAAACUGUACUUGUAUUUGACUUGACUGUUGAUGGUACAAUGGCUCUGCUCUUCUUUGUACAUGUUCGCUAGUGCAUGUAUUCACUUUCUUUUACUGUAGAAACACAGCUCUGGGCCGUUAGGUGAGCAUUGGUAAUUGUUUCGGCCACUCGAUGAACUGCAGAUUGUCAUAAUAAUUACACUUUGGUCUGGUGAUAGACUGACUAUCAUA